AAUUAGAAGUGUUACACUUUGUGGGAAAGUUGCAACAUUUACAUGUAAGAAAUCGUGAUUAAACUAAAGAUUUAGUGAGAAGUUUUUGUUCUUGAUAAUGUAAUGAAGUAAAAAAAAAAAAAAAAAAAAAAAAGGCAAAUUAAGCAAGGAGAGGUCUAAGUGGAUUUUCUGCUCUAAUGACUUCUGUAAUUCCGUUUUAUAUAGUAUAAUAAUACACAGAUCAAAAGCUAAGAUAGGAACUGUCUUUAAAGAAUUUUAGUAAUAUAUAAACUGUAAAUGAAUCAUGAAAAAUGCAUGCAAGAUUAAGUGCGCAAUUCCAUCGCAAAAUUUCCUAUGAAUCUGCUACUUUUGGGAACACACUUUAGGUCUCUGCCUUUUUCUGACUAUUUAACUGGGAUUCAGUUUAUCAUGAUUUCAAGCAGAUGUGAAUUUAUAUGUUCAGGUCAUGCUUAAUAGUCUAAAAUCAUUUGUUGCGGCACUAGUUCAUGGUGCCAAGGUGCCUCGACUUUUAAUGGCAGAGGGUAACGAACAGGGUGAUGCAAAACAAUUGUUGAGGAAAUCCUACAACUUUUUCCUUAAUUGCACUUACAAGGUUCUAUCAGUUGGUCCCAUCCCAGAACACAUCGCCUUUAUCAUGGAUGGAAAUCGAAGGUAUGCAAAGAUGAACAACAUUGACCCUGCGGAUAGUCAUAGGCCAGGAUUCAUAGCCCUCAUGUCGGUUAUCAAGCAUUGCUAUGAGCUUGGUGUAAGAUACAUAACAAUCUACGCCUUCAGCCUACACAAUUUCAGGAGAAAGCCUGAAGAAAUUGAGAGGUUGAUGAAUUGGAUGAGAGAAAAAAUCGAUACAUUUCUUGAGGAUGAUGGUUUUAUCAAAAGGUACGGUGUUAGAAUAUACUUCGUAGGGAAAUUGGAGGAGCUAAGUGAAGACCUUCAGGUUGCAACCAACAAGGCGAUGGAAGUAACAGCCAAUAAUACAACAACAUACCUGCUAGUAUGUGUGGCUUAUACUUCAACAGACGAAAUUGCUCAUGCUGUAGAAGAAUCUAUUCCUUGCAAUGGUACGAUUAGAAAACAGGAAAACAACCUUGCUACUUUCAGAAUCGAAUUAGCAGAACUAGAAAAACAAAUGUACAUGGCAGUAGGACCGAUGCCAGACAUUUUGGUUCGAAGUUCAGGGGAGACAAGACUCAGCAACUUCCUUCUCUGGCAAACCGAUAGAUGCCUCCUGUAUAGUCCUUCUGCGCUGUGGCCAGAGCUUGGGUUAGGCAAUUUGGUGUGGGCAGUUAUCAGCUACCAAAGACAAUAUCUCUACUUGCAGAAAAUACGAAAAUCGUUUUAAUGUUAUGUCUUGUUCCUAUAUGUUUUUGCUUUGCUAUACUUGGGCACACUUAAUGUUCUUGGCCAUUAUAUGAGACAUCCAUGCUAAAUCAAGGGUAAUCAUCAACAAAUUGAAUGUCUGUAGUUCUGUUUUAACUGUUGGAAUAAAUCAGAUUAGACAUUUU